AUGGCGGCAAUGGCUAAUCUUGUGAACACCAUGGAGGCUAAUGCUGCUGCGAUUCUGCAUGCUGUGCAGAGGUUAGGCCAACCGGCUGGAAACAGAAAUGGAGACAGAAAUGGGAAUGACAAUGCUGAAGGGAAUGGUGAUAACAUGGGACGUGCUCCAAUGACCUUGGCUACUUUUCUCAAGGUUCAUCCGCCAAGUUUCAGAGGUUCAACCAACCCUACAGAAGCGAAUAACUGGUUCCAGGCCAUGGAGCAUGCUUUACAAGCACAGCAUAUUCUGAAUAACCAAUAUGUAGAAUUUGCUGCCUAUCAGCUUCUUGGACAGGCCCAGCAUUGGUGGCAAGGAGAAUGCCGCUUGCUACAGCUUCAGAAUGCUGAUAUCCCUUGGGAUGUAUUCCAGACGGCCUUCUACAAGAAGUACUUUCCUGAGUUUGCAAGGGCAGUGAAGGAGAUGGAACUUAUACAGCUGAAGCAAUGUUCCUUGUCUGUGGCAGACUACACUAACCAAUUUGAGGAGCUCUAUAGAUUCUCUAGGGUGUGUCAGGGUGCCCCGGAGAGCUACGAGAGCUGGAAAUGUAUUAAGUAUCAAAGGGGUUUGAAGGACAACAUCAUGACUGCUGUGGCUCCUUUGGAGAUUCGUAUUUUCUCCAAUCUGGUGAACAAGGCUAGAGUUGUGGAGGAAUAUCCAAAGAUGGUAGCCUCGUCAAAGGACACUCAUGGAGGAAACACUAGUCAGAGACGUUGCAAGUACUUUCAGCCGAGCGGGCAAAGUUUUAAGAGAGGAGGACAUGCGCCUCAAGGUCAAGGAGGCUUCAGAAAGAACGCUUAUGAUCAGUACCAACGUGGCAAAGGAAGAGGGAAUCAGAGUAAGGUUUAUCCAGAUUUAAUUUAUGAUCGUUGUGGACACUUUCAUCCAUAUGACUCUUACAAGAUUGGUAUAUGUGGUUGCUUCAACUGUGGCCUUCCUGGUCAUAUUGUGAGGGAUUGCACUCAAACGAAGAACCCGAAUGCGGGUCAGCACCAAGGACGAGUAUUUGCUGUGAACGCCAAGGAUGCUCCUAAGGCGGAUCCUCUGAUGAGAGGUAACUGUUUAAUUGGUGAUAAUAUAUUAGUUGUAUUGUAUGAUACUGGAGCUUCACAUUCAUUUAUUUCAUUUGCUAAAGUUGAGGAACUAGGCUUGAAAGUGUCAGAAUUAGCAUUUGAGUUGCAUGUACAUACUCCGCAUCAGACGAUUAUGACUAGGUCAGGUGUUAGGCAAGUAGGUUUCAAGCCUAAGGGUAGAGAUUUUGUGCACGACUUGAUUUGUUUACCAAUGGUUAUAUUGGAGAUGAUUUUGGGGUUUGAUUGGUCAUCAAAGAAUCGAGUUUUGUUGGAUUGCUUUGAGCGGUAA